AUGCUGGCGACGCGAGUGGGCGUGGGCAGAUUGUGGUGUGGUGAUCGUUGCCUUCCACCUCGACACCUUGCUGCCGUGGUCCGCUGUAUGGAGCUACUGGGCGACGAUGACGCCGUUGAUGCUCUCAUUCGCGAGGAAGAAAGUCGGGUGCGGCAGUUUAAACUUUUUCACUGCACGGAUGAGGAGCGGCGGCGUCAAUACGGAGCGGUUUCUCGGCCCAUGCUACCGGAGCCGUCACCAUCGCCGCCGAAAGUGAAACUCACAGGAAUUCCUUUGGAAAUGCUGCCGGUGGAAGCAGAAGAAAUGCUGGUUCAUGAAUACGAACAGCACCGCUCUGCCAAGCACGACGUGGACAUCGACCUACGGCGCCGCGGGCUUCCUCCACCGUAUUACGACGGGCCCCUUUUAACACUCAGAACUCGUGGUCCGUACACACGCUUUGAGGUGCUUGCGUGCCGCCCGCCGAUGCGACCUCGUGUUGAAGGGAAAAAGGCGUCUCAAAAGGAUUGUAGUCAGCAUUACCCACGGCCACUACGAGAAAAACCCAAAGAGGACACCGUAGCAAUGCCGGGGGAUUCACUGCGGCGGUGGAAGUAUAGUAUGGGUCUUUUGGACGAGUGA